GAUCGUACUCAGUUUUGUUCGGGAUCAAUAAGUAGCGCAAAUACACAACAAUUACAAAAUGAAAGUAAUCACUUUUGUAGGACUCCUUGCCUGUUUAGGCCUGGCAAACGCAGGAAUUUUCGAUAAGAUUGACGAUGCAACUCUAACAGCAGCGAUCCAACUUGCCAAGUAUUACAUCGCUAAAUUUGAUCCUAUAGACAAAGUUGAUGUGUCAGACUACGUCUUAACUGUACUUCAAUACAAUGCUUCAAAAAUUUACGUUUCUGGUUUUUCCGACUUCGAGUUAACCCACGUAGACGUUCAGAAAAAUUCUCUGGCUAUCAGUGUACGUUUCAAUUCCAUUGUUGCUUCUGUUGACAAUUGGAGCGCAUACACCGUUGUAAAAAACACCAUUGGACUCGAAACCCUCGAAGCCACUCUGAAUGGUCUUGAACUGGAUUUGGAAGUACAAUGGGCAUUGGCGCCAGUGACAGUUCAAAGUCUUAAUGUCCUUCCACACGUCGAAAGUGGUUCAUUCAAACUUCUUGGGGACUUGAACGGUCGUGAAGCCGAUAUAGACCUCGACAAUGAUGGACUGCUAAAGAUCGAUCAAUUGUUUGCUGACCAUUCGGCAGAGCUCAACGAGGACCUACUCACAGCAGUCAACUGGUUCUUAACAAAGUUGCAAUCUUAAGCUGUUCAAUGUUUUCCAAUCGAAAGAAUCUGACAAAACGAACCGUUUGUAAUUAAUAACAAUAAUAAAUAGUAACAACAAUAAAAGAUUAUCAACA